GGGCGGGGCGUCAUGUGACCGUUCGCCCGCGCCGGCUGAUGACGCGAGAGCCCGCGCUCGCGGUUUCAGCGACUAGAGAAGGGAGUUGAGGAAGGAGUUGGGGUCCGGGUGGGGGCAGUCCGGGUGCAGCCAGAGAGAGCUGGGUCGGACAUCCAGGUAAUAAUUUCAAGAUGCCUGGACGUUCGAGUUCAAGUUCAGGCUCAACUGGUUUUAUAUCCUUCAGUGGUAUAGAAUCUGCUCUCUCCUCUUUGAAAAACUUCCAAUCCUGUAUCAGCUCUGGAAUGGACACAGCUUCUAGUGUUGCCUUGGAUCUUGUGGAAACUCAGACUGAAGUGAGUAGUGAAUACAGUAUGGACAAGGCAAUGGUUGAAUUGGCCAUGAUGGAUCGGGAACUAAGCCAUUACGUAAAGGCUGUUCAGUCUGCGAUAAAUCAUGUAAAAGAAGAACGUCCAGAGAAGAUACCAGAUCUAAAAUUAUUAGUGGAGAAGAAAUUUUUGGCUUUACAGAAUAAGAAUUGUGACACAGACUUUCAAAAUAAUGCAAAAUUUGUACAGUUUAAACAACAGCUGAAAGAACUGAAGAAGCAAUAUGGUCUUCAAGCUGACAGAGAGGUUGAUGGAACAGAAGGAGUUGAUGAAGAUAUGAUUGUGACCCAGAGCCAGACCAACUUCAUCUGCCCCAUUACACAGGUGGAAAUGAAGAAACCGGUGAAAAAUAAAGUGUGUGGCCACACCUAUGAAGAGGAAGCCAUUGUUCGCAUGAUUGAGUCCAAGCACAGGCGGAAGAAAAAGGCCUGUUGCCCCAAAAUUGGCUGUAGCCACACAGAUGUGAGAAUGUCAGACCUCAUCCAGGAUGAAGCACUUAGAAGGGCCAUCGAGAGCCACAACAAGAAGAAAACUCGUCACUCCGAGUAGGACAAACACACCUCCCUACAGGGAUGUCUGCAGCCUACCUCCUACCCCAGCCAUCUGGAGAGAGCGGUGCUUGUCAGAGCACUUCGACUGGCUGCAAAGUAUACUUUGUUGGGGUAAAACUCGAAGGUUUUAAGUGUAAUCAGAAGCAUUUUUCUAUGUCACAACAAAACUUCAAGCAUAUUAUAUUGUUUAUUUUUGAGUGUCCUAUAAUUUGAAAUAAACCUUUGGUUACCUGCGGCGUGCCCUAUCCGUGCACCCCCCGGUGUGUAAACUGUUCCAAUGGUGCAGGCAUGGUGGGGCCAGGCCUUUCUAUUCCUAAUAUUUCAGACUUUUUUUUAUUAUAGUUUUAACUGAACAACGUCUUUCAAAGGAUAUUGACGUGGAAACGUAUAGAAACAUCCCAGGUGCAAGCAUUGUCUAUCAGCAUCAUAAAUAACAGCCUGAGGUUAUAAAGCAAAUUUACUUUGUCUACUGACAGUUCCAAAUAUGUAAAUGAUUUUAUUUGUCAUUCUGACCAGCCCAGAACGCGCUGGUAACUGGCUUAUCAGGGCAAUGGUAGUUGAUGCCCUUAAUGGAAACUUCACCACAGCCCUCUGAGAGCCUAAAGUAUCGUCAGAAGCAACCACAUCCUGACGGUCUCUGCCUCGCUCGGUGGCUCUCAUGCCCCUGGGCCUUGGGGUUUUCAACCAUGAAGUGGAGAUGUGAAGCGAAAUGUUCUCUGGUGUCCCUUUGGCCCUGAAAGUCUGUGGACUGAGGAGGACCGGCCAGGCCUUUAAAUUGAAUAUCUUCAGAUAUAUUCGAAUUGUGUGAAGAGUGCUAAUCUAUUAAUAAUUUCCGUAGCAACCUUUUAUCAACCA